GGCUUAGUUAUUGCAAGGAGGCAGUGAUUACCGAUUACGCAUACGUGGUCUGGCACUGGGUUUUGUUAUCCGAGGGCAUUCCUUCUCGGUGAUUGUGGGUACUGGCAGAGAACUCGCCGAGGGAGUCUUGUUUCUAGACCUCGACGCUGUCUUGUCAUGCUCGGAUAAGGGUGCCCGCGUGUCUACGGUGGCCUUUGGAUUCGGCCGUUCGAUACCGAAGCGAUGUCGUCCGCAAGCCCCCGGAAGUCGAUCGACAGCAUUGCUUCUGGAGCCUCGACUCCCUCAUUGUCUCAGUAUUCGGUGAACCAAGCGGAAUCACCCCGAGUGGCGCCCCAACGGUAUGGGUUGAGGAGAGGCUCGACUGCGAGUUCGAUCGCGAGCAUUGGGGGAAUCUUGGACCCAUCCCACAACUACUCGUCAAUAGCGGAAUCGGGCCAAAAUGCAAUUUCGACGCUUCUCCAGCCCCCCAUCGUCCGUACGGGGUUGGUCCCCCACACCGCUGUUGCUACGACCGGAUAUAAACCUCCUACAUCUCGAGAUAUUCCCCCAGUAACGUUGACGAAUAUUCCUCACGUGGAAUCGAAGUCCUUUCAACCCUAUCUGUCGCAGGUGGGAUCUCUAUACGACGCCUUUCAGCAAGCCAAGGAAAACACGGCAGACCAGGAACGGCCGCUUUCCAGGGCGUCCUCUAAACCAACUUCACCGAAACUAGACGAAUAUGAUGGGUUCUUGUCUAGGCCGCUCGAGCGGCGGCCCUCUGCAAUCUCGGUUGGCUCUCGUGCAACGUCACCUUUCGACCCAAGAGGAAGAAGGCGCUCCUCGAGUGGCCGAGGCCGCGGCCAAGGGGUUACCCCUCUAUCUACCAUUCCACAGAUCUAUUUCGACGACAAUUUCCAUCUGGAAAACCCGCGAGUCUUUGAUGUGGUUUCUGAGAAGUCGGAGGUGGUGCGACCGCCACUGAAAACGGGCAAGGACGAUAAGGGUACGAACGGAGCAGCUGUUGAGCCCAGCUAUUCUGGCCGUAAGGCACUCGCCACGAAUGCUAUUCUACAGGAGAAGCUCUCGUGGUAUAUGGAUACCGUGGAAAUCCACCUUAUCUCCUCGAUCUCCACGGCAUCAAAGUCUUUCUUCACGGCGCUGGGAUCUUUGCGUGAACUACAUUCGGAGGCUGCUGAUUCGGUGAGACGGAUCCAAGUCUUGCGGAAGGACCUUCAGAAGAUCGAUAAGGAAAUGGCAUUGGGUGGGUUGAAGAUUGUCAACCUUCGACGCCGGCGUGAGAAUGUGCGCAUGCUGGCUGACGCAGUCACGCAGCUACGUGAAGUUAUUGAUUCCGUGCUGAGGUGCGAAGGAUUGGUCGAAAAUGGCGAUAUAGAAGAAGCCGCCGACGGACUUGAAGAGGUUGAGAGGUUGAUGGCAGGGGAAACGGUUUCAAAAGUCUCUGAGGAAGGGGCCGAGUCCGCCGAGCACCCCAGAAAACGUCUUGAUCUCCGACGUCUCAAGGCUCUUGAGGGGGCAUCUGAUGACCUUAAUCAACUGAAUCAUCGGAUUGGAAUGGCAUACGAAAGCAGGUUCCUGAAUGAUCUCCUCGGAGAUCUUAGACGACACGUGGAAAACGUUUCUGGAGAGAUCACUUUGCUGCGUUGGGGCUCGUCGUUCCAGAGACAGCGAGGUGCUCAGCGGACAGCAGCAGCUUCCUCCCCGGCCUAUAUGGUCUUUGACGACGAGCUUCGAAGUAGACUGCGCUCACAACUUACGGGUCUUGCACGUGCUCAUCACACCACGGCAGCGGCAACCUCGUUCAAGACGGCAAUCCUGAAGGAAAUGAAGGGUCUAAUUCGCAAACACCUACCAAGCUCCAAUGAAGAUGAUAAUGAAUCCAUGGCAUCCGUCUCUACACACAACGACCGGCAUCUCAGUCAGCAUGAGAAAUCGUCCAUUCUGGCUCGCAACCUUCGCGCGCUAGAUCCCGAGGAUGCCUAUCUGAUGCUGAAUCGAGUGUACACUGGGGUUAGUGAAUCACUACGAAGACUCAGCGUCCAGGUCAAGAUUUUGUUGGACAUUGCGAGUGGAUUAAGCAGUCCGAUGGGGUCGAGCCUGAAGUCGCCUCCUCGGAGCCCCAAUGUUCCGAAAAUGGACUACAUUGGUGAGAAACUAGUCGCAGAUGGCAGAAUGACCGCGGCCAUCAUGGCGCAAGACGAGAUUCUGCAAGUCCUCGACAUGUCUAGUCUGUUGGGCCAGGCGGUCGAUAUCUCUCAGUCGCAGAUUACAAAGGUUCUGAAAGUGCGCUCUGAACAAACAUCUCAGCUUCCGGUCCGAGAUUUCUUGAAGUAUUUCACGCUGAACCGGCUCUUUGCGGACGAAUGCGAGGCCAUCUCCGGCCGAAGUGGAACCGCGCUGAAGACCGUCGUUGGAAAUCACAUCCGAGACUAUAUCACCAGAUUUGGCGAGAACCAGCGCCACCGCUUGGUGGAAGUAAUGGAUUCCGAUCGAUGGGAUGCCAGGGACUUUGGAGACGAUGAGAAUGCUACUUUGUCCAGGAUUCUUGAGGCGAGCACAAAGGAUAUCGAUAGCUGGGCAGAAGCCUCAAAGAUUUGGCUUCCGGUAGGGGCCAAGGACCAGCCACAGGCAGUUCAGACGAACGGCACAACCGUUAAUGGAUCCGGCAAGGAGAGGACUCGCAGCGCAGUGAUUGACGAACAAAGAUACAUCCUUCCCGAGUCUGCCCUGGCGAUGAUGAAGAGCAUUGAAGAGUUUGAGUUCCUGGUGACGAACAUUCCCAGUAUGAUGCAAGAAAUCGGCUCCAAUCUAUUAGAGUCCUUGAAGUUGUUCAAUUCGCGCUCCUCUCAACUUAUCCUCGGCGCAGGAGCUACCCGGAGUGCAGGUCUGAAUAAAAUUACAACCAAGCAUCUCGCGCUCUCAUCACAAGCGCUCAGCUUUAUCGUCGCAUUGGUGCCCUAUGUUAGAGAAUUCUUCCGUCGUCACUCUCAGUCCAGUCCGCUCAUGGCGGAAUUCGACAAAGUCAAGCGUCUCUGUCAGGAACACCAAUCUGGGAUUUCCGAAAAGCUGGUGGACAUUAUGAGUUCCCGGUGCGCGAUGCAUGUGGAAACCAUGAGGAAGAUUGACUGGGAUGCUGCUCCCAGCUCUUCCGCCGUGAGCCCGUAUAUGGACACACUGACUAGGGAGACGGGCACUUUGCACCGGGUCUUGAGCAAGCACCUUCCCGAAAGCUCCGUGAUGAUGAUCAUGGUGCCCGUGUUUAACAGCUAUCGAGAGCAAUGGUCGCGGGCAUUCCAGGAGGCGAACAUCACCACAGAAGCCGGAAAAAAGAGGAUGCAAAAUGAUCUUGAAUAUUUCAACGCCCGGAUGAGCAAGAUCAACGGCGCUGGCAACCUAGGCGAACAUCUUCUCUCCUUGAUCCAGUCGAAACCCAUCACGUCACCCCCUCCUGCGAAAGACUCCACGGCGUCACUGCCUCUUCCCCAUCCGGAGCCCUCAAAAUCACCAUCCAACUCGAGUACCUCGGAGAAAGGCUCCCCGAAACCGGCAGAUGCAUAGCAUGCUAUCAGCAUCUGGACCAAGACUUCUGAUGGCCGGUAAGAAAUUGGAGGAGUGUACACAUAAUAUAUUCAUUUGUCAAUUACUUUUUUUCUUUUCUUUUCUUUCUUUUUCUUCUCUAUUUUGUCUGAAUGAUAGACAAAUGGUUUACAAAGCGAUAAUUUAGAUUUCAGCCAAUACCAUUACUCUCUCGGCAUAUAGAUAGAUGUCUUUACCGCCGUCAGUGUACAAUUCAUUUAUUCAUCAAAGCUGAUAGUCCAUUCUUAGAAAAGAAACCCCAAUUACUCAACAUAUAAGUCAGGCCUUGUGCGCACCCAGCC